AGUGGAUUAUAUAAGGUGCAAAACCCUAAAAUUUUGACUGUGAUCCUGCUAUCGUGCACCGAGAUAUUAAGCCCAUGAACAUUCUUUUAGAUGAUGAAUUGGAGCCUCACAUCUCAGAUUUUGGAAUUGCCAAGCUUCUCGAUCAAUCCUCUCCAGCAUUAUACUCUGUGGCACAAUCGGAUACAUUGCUCCAGGUAAAUUCAAUUGUUUUUUUUUUUUUUUUAUCAAUUUUAGGGUUUUUUGUUCAUAUAUCAAUUAUAUGAUGAUGAUGAUGAAAAUGUUUUGACAGAAAAUGCGUUUACAAACACGAAAAGCAUGGAGUCUGAUGUAUACAGUUAUGGUGUUGUGUUACUGGAGUUGAGAACGAGGAAGAAAGCGGUUGAUGAUUCGUUUGCGGAUGGGUUGGAUAUUGUGAGGUGGGUGAAGUCUGUUUGGAGUGAAAAGGUGCAGUUGGAGGUGGUUAUGGAUCCAGGGCUUUAUGAUGAUCUGUAUGAUUCUUUUGUAAGGGAACAAGUGACUGAAGUGCUUCAGCUUGCUUUGAGGUGUACAGAAACGGAACCAAACAGAAGACCUUCAAUGAGAGAGGUAGUCAAGGAUCUUGAAGAUGUGUACGGAUCUCUCAGAAGCAAGCUUAAGUAGUUUUAGCUUUUUUUAAUAUACAUACAUACACAUAUGUAUGUAUGUAUGCAUGGGCGAGUUUGGUUUUGUAGGGUUUUGACUUUCAGGAAUAGGUAUGAUGAAGCACAUUUAGGGUUUUUCUUUAUGCAUCAUAAUCAUGUGAAAGAAAAACAAAACAGCAAUAGGAAAAGGUAAAAUUAUUGUAAUUGUAAAGUGGUUCUUAAUUGAUUGAUUAAAAGAUGCGAUCCAUGAUUUGUAACAGAAGAAAGAGGAAUACUUGAUCAAAGUGGUUACCGGAUUAACGAUUAGUCAAUUAACAACAAUGAUCAAAGUGGUGUGGUUUGAUUGAUUUGAUUAAGAUCUGUAUCAUCUUCAUCAGUAAAAGUGUUGAACCAUUUAAGGCAAAUUUCCUCUGGUGUGUGGGUGGAUAUCAUUGACAUUUGAAAUCCGCACAAAUGGUUUCAUUAGGUU